AUGCACUUUCUCCCCGCACCGACUUGUGUGACACCGCCUCCGGUCCGAACGCCGCGCCUCAAGGCCUCAUCUCUCACCGCCGCACCACCGACUCUCCUACGCACCUCACCCCACCUUUGGACACUCUCGAACUUUCCUCGCGCGCACGGCUCUGGCGACAUGCACCUUUCGGCGGCGGCCCCUCUGCGCAACCGCGCGCCUAGCGGUCGCCCCAGACCUGGCGCUACAGGCUCCCAGCCGCGCCUCGUCACUCGGCGACGUCUCGAGCGCCAAACUCAGCGGCCCCUCCCCAUCGGGUACGCUGCAGAUUAUGCCCAGCUUCUAGAUGGGCUUGACUCGUCUCUUUUCCUCUCCGCACCUCGCCAAACUCCGGAAGCUUUGAAAAAGUCAAUGUCGCAACUCACCUACACUCUCACCGAAAUGGCCGCCGUACCUGAACCGUCGACCUCGCCUACGGAUGGUCACUCGCACACCGACGACAGGAAGCAGUCGCCGCCCGCUUUCUUGGAUCUGGCCGACUCUGCCGCACGGUUGGCUAUGAAUAUGCUCGACAUCGCUGCUCGCGUCGAGCUCAAGCGGUCAGGCCACGGGCGCCAACGCACGCUUGACCGCAAAAUUUUUGAAGACCAGAUGCGCGCGCUCGCGCAGCAACAGCAACAGGAGCUCUUGCAGCUCCCGGCCGACCGCGCGAACGGCCUGCAGGGCUUCGCCAUCUCAGCGCCUACCACGCCCCCGCGCGUCAGCGCCCAGACGUUUUUCCUGGCCUGCUCGCCUCUUUCGUCCAGCAUGGUCUUGACGUCGACCACUUGGCACAUGUAG